AUGUUUCAGGUUACCAGCACGGCGGUUCCGGCGAUGCCUAUGAUGGCGCCAUCGCCGAAUCUACUCCGUCUGCCGGCAAUGUUCCCCUAUGCGUGGAGGCAACCGCUUAUCUUACCUCUCCGGAGGGAGAGCGCAAAAACCUUCAAGCCUCUCGCAUUUCUCGAUCUCAAAGGCGGCAAAGGAAUGAGUGAGUUCCAUGAGGUUGAGCUCAAAGUUCGUGACUAUGAAUUGGAUCAGUUCGGUGUUGUGAACAAUGCUGUUUACGCAAACUACUGUCAACACGGUCGACACGAGUUUCUGGAGAGUAUUGGUAUCAACUGCGACGAAGUAGCCCGUUCCGGUGAAGCCUUAGCUCUUUCAGAGUUAACUAUGAAGUUCCUCGCACCUUUACGUAGUGGAGACAAGUUUGUGGUGAAAGCGAGGAUAUCAGGAACAUCAGCAGCUCGUAUUUACUUCGAUCAUUUCAUCUUUAAACUCCCAAAUCAAGAGCCUAUUUUGGAGGCAAAAGGAACAGCUGUGUGGCUAGACAAGAAGUAUCGUCCUGUUCGUAUCCCAUCUCACAUACGCUCUAAAUUUGUUCUGUUCCAACGCCAAGACGACACCGUUUGA